GCACUGCACUGAUGUACCCCCUUCCCAGUGUGAGCGGCUCAGCAGUAAGGCCCUGCUAAAGAGAUGGGGCAUGCAGCAAGUGCCAAUGUUAAAAUGAUCUCUGUUAAACCUGAAGAGAAUAAACGAGUGUCGAACGCUGCCACCUUGCGAAAAGCACACAGAAUAGCACAGGCUAACAGAUGUGUAAAGGAAACUCCAAAUUACCUUGACGACUUGAUACAAGGUUUAAACUUCACACAGAUUGGUUCUAUCCCAGAUUCAUCAGAAGUAGAAAGUGAGCUUCAAGAAGUGAAGGAAAAAGCGAGAACACUAAUGAAGGAGCUGGCUGAAGUGGAAGGAUGCAAAAUACAGCUCAGUGACCAGGUCAUGUGGCUGGAAGAGCAACUGGAGGUCAUGAGAAACAAGCUAAAAUCUGCAGGAUUAUAUGAGGAAACGCUUUGUGCCAAGGACAAGUACAUCGAGAGGUUAGAAGCAGAAAAUAAAUGUGUUCAAGGACAAUUGGUGCAAUUAAAACAGAAGCACAAAAGAAUUGUGAAGAAUCUACAGAUUCAGCUAGCUCAAGUCAAGCAAGAUGCUGCAAUCAGUGUGAUGGAAGCAAGAGGAAGAAUUCAGACAUUGGAGAAAGAAAAUCAAUUCACCAGGGAACAAAAAUUCAAUAAUAAGCAUUUCAAAGAAGGAGUCAGCAGCGAUGACAUUGAACAUCAUGAGCUUAGUGUUGUAGGUGGAAGUCGAGUACGUCUUGUCCUUGAGCUGUCAAGUCAAUUGUCACAACAACAAGAAAAGAUAUUCUUUCUGGAAAAGGCUUUGAAAGAGAAAGAAGCGCAGCUGAGUGGACUUGAAACACAACUACUCGCUCAACCAGCUGGUGGAGCCUCAGCGCAUGGGUUGCUGCUGCCUAAUUUACUAGCACCAUUCAACAAUAACACCUGCACAACAGAAUGUGAUCAAAGUUUAGGAAUACUGCCCUUUCCAGCGGAUAACUUGACCUCAGAUAGGUCUCGUAAUGGCAAAAUUGUUCAAGGCGAAUCCUAUCUUAAGAUACAAGGAAGUUAAGGACACUAAUUCAAAAACAUGUCACAGCAGUACAUUUGAAGAUCAUUUGGGCAAUUGUGUUGCUUUUCUCAUGCCCAUUGAGAGCAGGAUAUCCGGGACAGCAGAUGAGAUGGGUGCUUUGGAAAAUGUAAAUAAUAUGAACUAAAUUAACAUUUCCUACAUUACAAUGAUGACUACACUUCAAAAGUACUUCAUUGGCUGCAAAAUGCUUUGGGACAUCCUGACGUGAAUAAUGCUAUCUAAAUGCAAGUCUUUUUUGCUUUUGUAAAACAGAUUUCUAAUUCAAACUUAUUAAGGAAUCCAACAUAAGACAGCGAAUGCAUGUUUCCAUUUGCCUUCUAGGCAACAGCUGUGGUACAACUAAAUUUCAGCAUGAGAGUCAUGCAUAGCCAAUUUUAGAGUUACAAUUUAGUGGAACUGUAGCAACAAUAUUAGCCUGUUAUUAGCUGCAUUUGCCUAUUUGUUUGCAUAACUUUAUUAUGUAAAACAGUAUAAUUUAUGUACAUUUUAUUUUUGGAUUUAAAUUACCAUUAAAAAAGUGAUUUUUAUAGUGGUAUCUGAAUAAAUCUAAAGUCACACAGUA